CGGAAGGUGCUUCUCGUUGACUGAAGCAACAUGGUGUCACCCUUUAGGCAAUGCGAAUGUAAACAAGUGGCUCGCCUUUGUAACUGUAUUCCGUGUUUUAUUUUCUGGAGUAGAGCAGCUUCGUGUUGAAGAGCCUCAUGGCUCUCAGGGUGUGCGGCCGUCUGCUCAGAGGCGGAGCCGUCAACCCGGGGCGGCUGGUCGGAGCCGCCCGUCAGGAAAGAGCGGCAUGUCUUCUCCCUGCUGGAGCCGCUGCCUGCAGCCGAGGCGGGAGGCACGGAUGCAUCUUCACUCCGGCUUGUUUUAUUACAUCUGAAGCGUUUCUCAGCGGGCUGAUGAAAGGCAAAGCAGCAGAGACGGACGGCAGCGUUUAUCACCUUCCAGCCUCGGUUCCUCCAGACAGCAGCGAACAGGUAUCCUUGCUGCUGAGACAUCCUGAUCAGCCUCCUGACUCGAAGGUGUUGAAGGUGGCAAUAAUCGGAGCUCCAAAUGCUGGGAAGUCCACGCUGUCCAAUCAGCUCCUUGGCAGAAAGGUGUUUGCCGUGUCCAAGAAGGUCCACACAACUCGGCGUCGUGCGCUGGGCGUCCUAACGGAGACCGACACUCAGAUUAUUUUGCUGGACACCCCUGGUCUCACCACACCAUCAAAAGUCAAGAGACACCAGCUGGAGAAAUCCUUGCUUGUGGAUCCCUGGAACACUGUCAAGGAAGCUGACCUCAUGGUUGUCAUGGUGGACGUAUCAGACAAAUGGAUGUGCUCCGGGCUGGAUAUCGAGGUGCUGAAAUGCCUGUCCCAGCAUCCGCAUGUCCCAGCAAUCCUGGUCCUCAACAAGGUGGAUCUGGUGAAGGCCAAGGACAGGCUGCUGGAUAUUACGGACCAGCUGACAUGUGGAGUGGUGAACGGACGCAGAGUGCGGGUCAGGCCAGUGAUCAAGCCUCCGUGGGCUCAAAAGAAACCCGAGAGCACCAAUGAGUUAUCUCCUGACGAGGACACGGCAGCGCCUGAGCACGGCGCAAAGCCGACCUCCGCGCUGAGCAAAGAGAAACCGAAGGAGCUGAGGAGGCAGCAAGGCUGGCCUCGCUUUAAGGACGUCUUCAUGCUGUCGUCUGUGGACAGAGAGGACGUGGAGACGCUGAAGAGCUACUUCCUGGCUGCAGCUAAGCCGGGGUCCUGGCAGUACCACAGUGAGGUCCUCACAGACCAGAGUCCAGAGGAGGUCUGCACCAACAUCAUCAGAGAAAAGCUGCUGGAGUAUCUGCCACAGGAAGUGCCCUACUCCAUGACACAGUCUAUUGAACUCUGGCAAGACGGAGAAAACGGCGAGCUGGAUAUAUCUGUGAAGCUGUACGCCAAGAAAGAAACUCACAUGAGAAUGGUGAUCGGCACGGCCGGCCAAAUGGUGGCGCGGAUUGCCCAGGAGGCAGGGGAGGACCUCAGCCGGGUCUACCUGAGGAACGUCAGGCUGAAGCUCUCUGCCAAGCUAAAGAAGUGAAGAAGACUGAUGAAUCCUGUAAAAUGAGAGCUGUCUCUGGCCGAGCUGUUGCGACUCUUUGCCUUUGCCAAAGACGGAGCUUGAGCUAAAGAGGUUAUGAUCUCAUCGUGAGUCUGACAUGGAGCCGGGGGGGCAGCAUAUGCUCUAUCUGCGCUCCAAGAACUGCCGGUGACCUGUCGGAGGAAAGGACAAUUUACUCCUGCUUUGUUCCUGGAACCACGUUAUCAUGUUUUAGAACCCGUUUACAUGGAUAUGUUACUGUACUGAGAGUGAAGGGUGGCCGGCUUUCAUACACCGGCAGACAAAUCUAAAUGUUGCAGCAGAAUAAACCCCGCUGAAGUGUUGGCAUAUUUUUUAAGCUCCGAUACCUUUUUGGUCACAAACACGACACGGCGGCUCAUCAAAUGGAUGUUUUGACACGACUUUGACAGCUCCUUCAUGGCUGAGCGGUUUUGGCAGGCUGUGAAAGGGCCGACGUUUUAUCUUUGGCUCUCAGGGCUUUUCUUUUUUUUCUUUUUUUUUUUUAUCCUUGGCGGGCACAAACGUGCACUGUAGAUAAACCGAAGGCAAGAGCUGCACCGUCAUGUUCACUCACAUGUCCCCGCUGUACCGUCCAACCCAGUUCCCUCCACUCCCUUCAUCACUUUAGCCUUCUCAGCUGCCUUUUGAAGUGUAGCCAUCCAUCUCUGCGAGCAUCACUUUUUUUUGUUCUGCUGCUUUCCUCCUCUCCCUCCCGUCUCUGCUCGCUCUGCUCUUUUGGCUCUCAUAAAGCCCCGCUCUGCCUCCCAGGGCUACAUUGUCUCCCUAAUGGACGGCAAAGUGGAGCACUAACCUGAUGCUAAAUUGGGUCAGAUAAUGGCGAUUAGAUCCGCCCCUGCUGCCCCUGGGUUAACUCAGCAGCUCAGGGCAUCUCGACGAAUAACCAGCUAGUGUCCGUCCCUGAAGCUCGCCUUGUAACCCAGUGAUUUGACCGAGCGAAGAUCGCUGGCAGUUUUAGGCCAAAUGCAGCUUAAAACCGUGAAAAUCAUGUUCAUCUCAUGAGAAGCGAUCCAGAUACAGAAACAUUUAGUGCAGAUUAUCCAAAUAAAGAGGCGCUCAUGCAAAGGGAGGCGUUCAUCAUCUUUAUUUUACAUCAUUUAUCUUUCACAACACAUCAGUGUGUCCGGUCCUUCGUCGACAUCGAGCGAAGGCAGGAGAACCCUUACCAUUACUAAAACUCAGUAAUGGUAACGGUUUACCUGCCCCCCUCUGCUGAGCGUUCGGUCCGUUCAGCCCCGCGUCCCUUCUGGUGGAGGUGGAGGUGGAAUGAUACCCUGGAUAGUACAUCAUCUAUACUGUAGUGUCUCUUUAAAAAACUUACAGUAUAAGAUGAUAUCCUGUCCAGGGCACAAGACAGAGCCGUGGCGCAGCUAGUCCCACACGCAUUUGGAAUCUGCAUCAAGAGUGAAUAUGUAAACUAUUUAACGGUAGAAAUAAAGGAUGGUUAAUAAACUCUCA